AAGUUUGUUUUUUUUUGUGAAAAUUUAGUUAUUAAGAGUGAUCAUGGAAGGAGGAGGAGGUGACGAUCAUCUCCACCAUCACCAUCACAAUCACCAGCACCACCAACAUCACCAGCAAUAUCGUCCUAACAACUUCCCUUUCCAAUUACUCGAAAAAAAAGAAGACGAACCUUGCUCCAGCUCCUCCGCAGCUAAUAAUAUUAAUUAUCCUUCGCUAGCCAUUUCCCCAUCCGAUACAAAUACGAAUAUAAACCCUAAUAGUAACGACCUUCAAAUUACAGUUGCCUCUACUGAGACUGCUAAAAAGCCAGCUCCCAAGAGAACUUCCACUAAAGACCGCCACACUAAGGUUGAUGGCCGUGGCAGACGUAUACGUAUGCCGGCCCUUUGUGCUGCUAGGGUUUUUCAGCUCACUCGAGAACUCGGUCACAAAUCCGAUGGUGAAACCAUCGAAUGGCUUCUUCAACAAGCUGAACCUGCAGUUAUAGCUGCUACGGGAACAGGUACAAUUCCGGCGAAUUUCACGUCACUCAACAUUUCAUUACGUAGUUCAGGAUCCAGCAUGUCCGUACCAUCUCAACUUCGAUCUUCGUAUUUCAAUCCGAAUUUUUCACUGUCCCAAAGGCGCAGUUUGUUUCAGGGUAUCGGUUUAUCAUCAGACAGAUCUGCAACUACAACGUUGCUGAAUUUUCAGACGGGUAAUUCGAACCUCCAUCAAUUCCAAGCUAAACAAGAAAUGCGAGACAAUUCGUUAGAUUUAACAGAAACAAGUAUAGAAGAGAGUCUAUCGCGAAAAAGGCGACAAGACCUCGAUUUACAACAAGAACAACAACAAAAUCAGCAGCAGCAAAACGAGCAACAAAUGGGAAGUUAUUUGUUACAAUCAUCAAGUAGUGGGACUAUGCCAACUAGUCAUUCUUCAAUUCCAGCUAACUUUUGGAUGUUGACGAAUAAUAAUACCCAAGUAUUGGGAGGCGAUCCAGUGUGGACGUUUCCAUCGGUUAACAACUCUGGUGCUGCAGCUGCUGCUUUGUAUAGAAGUACAAUGUCAAGUGGAUUACAUUUCAUGAAUUUUCCUACUCCUGUAGCACUAUUGCCAACUCAGCAAUUUGGCGCUGGUAGUAAUGGCAGUACACUAGCCGGAGAAGGCCAAUUAGGCAUGGUCACCGGAUUAAAUCCGUAUAGACCAUGUUCCGGUGUAUCGGAAUCUCAGGCUAGUGGAUCACAUUCACAUCACGGUGGUGGUGGAGGUGGUGAUGAUCGUCAUGAUUCAACAAGCCAUCAUAAUUCCUAAAAAGAAGUUGAGUUUUUGUGUGAUAAAUUAAAAAGUUUGGGAUGGUUAAUUAAACACACAAUACGUGAGGUUUGAUUAUAUGCUUGCUCUAUAAUUUUGAAUUUGCUUCUAUUAUUAUUAUUUUCACCUCUUCUUUUUUUGUGUGAUUAAUAUUUGCCUGCCGGUUUUUUUAGGGUUUGAAGAGGGAAAUAUAUUUUUUAUUUUAUUA